AUGAAGCAACUCCACCGAGGUCUGAGGUGUAGGCGGCUGCUGAUAUAUGACUGCAUGUAUCAUGAUUAUAAAGAGCAGCCGGAUCCCAGCUGCCCGGACACAGAACACACAGACCAGCUGCCAUGGCUCACACAGUGAAGAUGCUGCCAGCUGCGGCCCCCUGCGGGGACCUGGAGACGGGCCUGGACCAGGACCAGGACCAGCCCGUGUGCAUCCUCAUCAGACACUGCCGGGACAUGAAGCAGCAGGAGACGCGCCUCCGGCUCAUCACCAUGCUGCUGCUCCUCGGCUGCUCGGCUCUUUACAUCUUCACCCUCUGUGCUGAGCUCAGGAAGACAGAACCCCAGAGCUCAGGUGAGCACCAUCAGCAGAAACUGCAGGCUGCAGUUUCAUCUACAGAAAAGAAAACAUUCAACAUUGACCUCAGGCAGAGACAUUCUGACCACGAGGACCCCGGGACUGACGGGUACAUCGAGUGGGAACAGAUCAUUCCCGAAGAUAAUCACCACGAACAAAGUAGAAGAGACAUCGUCAUUCCUGAGGACGGCGUCUAUUUCAUCUACUUCAGGACUUCCUUGAUUUGUAACAAUGCUACCGGAGCCGCAUUGUCCAACAUGUUCCAUAUGGAGCUGCGCUCCUGGAACGCAAACUACAACACAAGCCGGGAUCUCACCGAGACCAGGGACGGGGUCUCGUGUCCUCCAGUGGCCUUCAGGACCGUGAGCGUGGCGCAGCUCUUUGAUCUGGAGGAGGGAGAUCACGUGAGCGUCCGGGUCGGAGCCGGCUAUGAACUGAUCGACGACGCCUCAUUUGGGGCUGUUCUUGUGGAGAGGGUUAAGGAUUCUGCUCAUUGAUUCAGGCUUUAUAAUGUAUUUUUUUGGUGUUUUAUAUAUUAGAAAUACUUUUUGGUUAUUUAUCACCACUCAUUAAUAAGCUUUGUAUGUUUUACAGUAACUUGAGGUU